AAUAAUUUGUUUUUGAUUAGUACUAAUGGGGUUUACCUGCCAAUAUGAUAUAUUGUGUUUGCUACUGUGUGAUGUUUCUAGUUUUGGUUUCAGGGGGUCAUUGCGUGCCAAGACUUUCCGAUCGCCAACGUCUUCUGCAAAUGAAAAAUGAGUUACGCAUCAUCGGAGGUAGUCCUGCGAACAUUAAAGACUAUCCCUAUCAAGUUUUAUUAUUGAUAGACGAUAAGGCUAGUUGUGGAGGAUCAAUUAUUAACGAAAACUUUAUUGUGACAGCGGCUCAUUGUAUUUAUGAUGUUGCGGCAAGUCAGGUGAAAAUAAGAGCUGGCUCCUCAGACAGAACCUCUGGAGGACAAGUAGUUGGAGUUAAAUCAGUAAAUUAUUUAGACGACUUCAAUAUCGAUACUUAUGAUUUUGAUAUUGCUGUUUUAGAACUGGUUACAGCUUUAGUUUUUGGUGAUGAAGUAGCUGCCAUUAAUCUACCAGACUCAGACUAUAAAGUGGAACAAGGAGAAAUUGCCAUUGCCACUGGCUGGGGACAAACUGAUCCUGACGAUGAGACUUUGCCAGAUAUUUUACAGUCAGUUGAGUUGCCAGAAAUUGUUUCACAAACCUGCAAAAAUUAUUAUGGAUCACUUAUAACUACGAGAAUGUUUUGUGCUGGUUAUAAAGAAGGAGGAAAAGAUACUUGUUUGGGUGAUUCUGGUGGUCCACUAGUAGCAAACGGCCUUCUUCUUGGCAUAACUUCCUGGGGAGGUGAAAGAUGCGCCCAAUCGGGGUUUCCUGGAGUAUUCACCAAUGUUCCUUAUUUUCGAGACUAUAUUGAUUUUAUUAUCAGUUCUCCUAACAAGAGGUUUACGUUACGUCAAAAGUUUAAAAGUAAAAGAAUUUAGAUUUGUGUUUUAUGUUUUUUUUCUUCUAAAUUUGUAAUUAGAUUUGGCUUUUGGAAUAAACAAACUUCGUUAAAUUGAAUUUGAAUUAGUAUUUUCCGUUCGAUAAG